AUGACGUCAAAUAAACAAGUUGUAGGAUGGAUAGGACUCGGGAGUAUGGGACUUGCAAUGGCACAAAAUGUCCAAAGAUUUCUUCAAGAUACAAAAUCCCAACUAAGAUUCUGGAAUCGGACGGCGUCUCGCGGCGCACCACUUGAAUUGCUUGGGGCUAUUGGAUGCGAGUCUAUCGCCCAGCUUGUCGCCGAAUGUGACCUGGUAUUCAUAUCUACCAGCGAUGAUGCAGCUUUGAAUACUAUCGUCGACCAAAUAUUGGCUGUCAAAGAUAUUGAUGGCAAGGUGUUUGUGGAUACCACCACCGUGCAUCCUACUACGACCAAGGAGAUAGACGAAAAACUAAGGAAACGAAAUGCAUCCUUGGUUGCUGCACCGGUCUUCGGAGCCACACCGGCUGCCGAAAGUGGUACGGUAUUGAUGGCGAUGGCCGGCCCAAGCCAAGCCAUUGAUAAAGUUGCACCUUUCGGAAAAGGCGUCCUUGCUCGGGAGGUGAUGAUUGUGUCCGAUCAGGCCGAGAAGGCCACUCUUCUCAAAACUUUGGGUAAUUUCAUUGUCGCAGGAACAAUGGAGAUCGUGGGAGAAGCCCAGGUGCUAGCGGAGAAAAGCGACCUUGGCACAGACAUGCUUGAAAAGUUGCUCGAGCUGAACUUUGGAAGUUUGAUGCAUUCCAGCUCUAGGCGCAUGACGCAGGGUGUUUAUCUGCCAGAGGAAGGUCAAUCCCCUUGGUCCAGUCUGAAUCUCGGUAUCAAGGAUGUUCAGCAUGGCAUCAGUUGCGCCCAAGAUGUCGGUGCGAGAUUAAAAGUCGCAGAGGUUGCAUUGGACAAUAUGGUACGGGCGAAGGGUUUUUCGGAUGCGCAUGGCGGCCGGCCUUUGGAUUCAUCGUCUGGGUACGGUAUCAUACGUCAGGAUUCUGGCCUUGACUUUGAGAAUACCCUUGUGAAGGAACGAGAUACCAGAAAGGAAGAUGAGUCUUCCAAAUAG